ACAUAUAUAUCCAUCCCAUUUUCCGAAGAAACCAACAGCAAGAGAAACCGGAGAGAGAAAAAAUAUGCACGGAUACGAGCGAGUGAGCAGCACGAGCGCCAGUAAGGCGGAUCAGGUAGAUCUAGAGUCAGGGGAGACUCUGUACCCUGGACUCAGCUAUGGCGAGAACCAGCUCCGAUGGGGCUUUAUCCGCAAGGUUUACGGCAUCCUGGCGGCGCAGCUGGUGCUAACCACCGUGGUCUCCGCCUUUGUGGUGUUGGCGGCUCCGGUCAACGACCUCCUCCGUGGAAACUCCGCCCUCUUGCUCUUCCUAUGUUUGGUCCCAUUCAUCUUGUUGUGGCCCUUGCAUGUCUAUCACCAAAAGCACCCGGUGAACUUGGUUAUCCUUGGCCUCUUCACUGUGUCACUGAGUCUCAUGGUUGGUGUGAGCUGUGCUAAUACUGAUGGAAGAAUUGUGCUUGAAGCACUAAUUUUGACAGCAGGCGUGGUUACAUCUCUUACUGGCUACACUUUCUGGGCAUCUAAGAAGGGCAAGGACUUUAGCUAUCUUGGACCAAUUUUGUUCACUAGCCUUAUCAUCCUCAUUCUAACCGGUCUAAUUCAGAUGUUCUUCCCACUUGGUCCAACAUCUGUUGCCAUCUAUGGUGCAAUUAGUGCCUUGAUUUUCUGUGGGUACAUUGUCUAUGACACUGACAACCUGAUCAAACGCUUCACAUACGAUGAUUACAUCCUGGCCUCAGCCACUCUCUAUUUGGACAUUCUGAACUUGUUCAUUUCCAUUUUGCGAGUGCUGAGAUCUGGGGAUAAUUAGUUGUAGAAUAUUUCCCAAAGGUGGGAUUGGCAAGAAAUCUACAUAUGGUGAUCGAAUUACUGUCUGAAGAAUAGGAAAAGUAUUAUUGUUUAUAUGGUAUAUUUUCUCUUGGGGUUUUUGUGCUAUCACUAAGCCGGCGGCUCCAAUUUGCAGUUUCUCUAACCUGAUCAGUUGUGAUAUGCAUAUGCAUAAUUGGAAUUAUCCAAACUUUAUGAUUGCUUUUC